UUCCGCAUUAUACAUACAUAGGUAUGCACAAGUGACAGUAACAACGAAAUAAAUUUUACUGAUGGUCAAAAAUUCAUCGAAAUAUGUAAAUACUUUUUUUUCUAAACAAAAUGAGCAGAACAUUUAGAGAAAGAUGAAAUUAUUGACCAAAUAUAUAUUAUUUAAGUAAAGUGGCUUGAGAAACGACGUAAACGUUGAGGUUGACAGGUGAACGUUAAUAAAUAAAAUCAACGAUUUCUUCGCAUGCCGAUGACUAUUUAAUGCCGACCAUGGAGGAUCGUGACGGUAACAAGGAACGCCGAGUUUUACAGCACUACGUCGUCAAACAAGACACGGUAUUGGUACGGAUAUUUGGUGUGUGCGACGUUAACGUUAACGAGUUGCGUAUGGGAAUGCUUGUAGAAGCACUGGAGGAUUUAAAGGACAGCGCGUUGAGAGUCCGUGUGACCGACACCGUCAACGAAUGUAAGACCUGGUGCGGUACAGAAUGGCGUUGUCACAAAUAUGAUCUAAUCCCUGUAUCGCAGAAGAUCUGGCAGUACUUGCUCGCUGUGCAGUCUCCUCAGGAAAGAGUUCGACUGGCGAGUGAUGAAGUUUUAUGCGAACGAAUAAGGAACGUAUCUGUGAACGACAGAGUCUGGUACUGCUCCGACUCCUCUAACAGACGAGCCAGAGAACCAGCCUUUGUCAAAUACAUUGGUCCUGUGCUGCAACUUGGAUCGGGACAUUACUUUGGCUUGGAACUACUGGAAAGUCAGGAAAUAUCGAAAACCUCUCUGCUGGCUAAAGAAUAUUUUACUCCCACACAUUGGAAUGCCAUUAUACUGCUUGCUACUAUAAAUAAUAUAUAUCCAUACAAAAUUGAAACUGACACAGGCAACGUUGAAAAAACAUUGUUUUUGAAGAAUAAUAUAGGAACCGACUAUGCUAACGAUAAGAAGAAAAUAUCUAUAUUGGACAGUACACCAGCUGUUUUGUUAGAACAAUUUACCAUGUUUGAUGAUAAUAAAAAUAACAACCAAGAGUCUAUCAAUAUGUUGAAAGAACGCCAUCAAGCCACGAAAUCAAAUCUUGAAAAUGACGUUAAUAGCUAUAAAAACGUCGAUCAUACUCUUUUUAAAUGCGGUAGUGCACCAGAGAAAAAUGACGUCAAGAAAUUCAGCAGAGCAGAAAGUAAGGGAGAUCUGGUGGUAGGCUCCAAUGUAAAAGUGCUGCUAGAUUCUGAUAUUCAUUAUGGAAUUAUUCGAUGGAUCGGCACACCGCCUGGUACAAGUCCUGGCAAAAUAAUGGCAGCUGUCGAGCUGGAUGAUGGACAUCCUUUAGGUACCGACGGAACUUACAAAGACAUCAGAUAUUUUCAUUGUCUGCCUUAUAGAGCUAUAUUUACAGAUAUUGAACACUGUUCUCAUUACGAAAAUACGAAGCUUAACGAACGAUCGACGCUUACAAAUAACGAUAAUUUUGGUGACAUGGAAAGUUCCGUAAUCGCAGGCAUAGUACGACCUAUCUCUGUCAAGGGAGAUUUGGAAAGUAUAUGUGGGAAAUAUCGUGGUAUCCAAGGUCAUCAUAAUUCGUGCUACUUGGACGCUACCCUCUUCAGCAUGUUUACGUUUACCAGUGUAUUCGACAAUCUUCUAUUUCGACCGCCGAAUGAAAAAGAUUGUCCGCAGUAUGAAGAAGUGCAGAGGGUUUUGAGAGAAGAAAUUGUAAAUCCACUCAGAAAGAACAUGUUUGUCAGAGCGGAUCGAGUGAUGAAGCUCAGAACAUUGCUUGAAAAAUUAUCGUCGGUAUCCGGUCUCACCAGUGAAGAAAAAGAUCCCGAAGAAUUCUUAACGUCGUUAGUCGCCCAAAUCUUGAAUGCUGAGCCAUUUCUUAAAUUAAGCUCAGGACAGGAUGCGUAUCAUUAUCAACUGUUUGUUGAAAAGGACGAUCAUUUAAACCUGCCGACUGUGCAACAAUUAUUGGAACAAAGUUUCCUGACCAGUAAUAUCAGAUUGAAGGAAGUCCCUUCGUGUCUUAUUAUACAAAUGCCGCGCUUUGGAAAAUCAUUUAAAAUGUAUCAAAAGAUACAACCUACAUUACUGCUUGAUGUCACGGACAUUAUCGAAGACUCACCCAGACAAUGUACGGUAUGCGGAAAACUUGCCGAAUUUGAGUGCAAGGAAUGUUAUGGACAAUGUGGCGUCGGUCUCGAAAGUAUAGCCUUCUGUUUACAAUGUCUCGAAAAAGUACAUCGUCAUGAACGAAGAACAAAUCACGAACCGAAGAAACUAAUUGUACCAAUGGAAUUUGCAAUUCUGCAAGAGCAUUGUCCUGUACCGCGUCUGUACUUAGAGCUUUCCGCAGUGGUCUGCAUCGAAACCUCGCACUACGUUUCGUUUGUAAAAUGUGGUCCUGGCUCUGAGGCACCAUGGUGCUUCUUUGAUUCCAUGGCUGACAGGAAAGGAGAGCAAAAUGGAUACAAUAUACCAGAAAUGGUGCCAUGUCCAGAUUUUCCUUACUGGUUGAGUGAGGAAGGAGGAAAUUAUCUGACCGAAUUGACAGACGAUCGUCAUUUACCGGAACAUGCAAAACGUUUACUUUGUGACGCGUAUAUGUGCAUGUAUCAAUCCCCUGAUGUUAUGAUGUAUAAAUAAGUUUAACAGAAUCAUUUAAGUAUAUUUCAGAGAUUUUAAGUAUCAUAUUUUAAAUAACGAUCUAUUGUAGUAUUCCUAUAUUUGAACAAAGUGCAAUAUUCUACUGAUUGCUUUCUUUGAUCAUGCAAUAUAAGUUUAUAUAAAUGAACGUAAUACGCGCUAUUACCAAGGCAAUUUGAGAAUCUCAAUCUUCUUAUGUACAAAAGUAGAAAUAUAUGCAAUUUGUGGUGCCAGAAAAUAUGUAUAAUUAUAAAAAAUUAAUUAUAGAUACAGUUACAUAUAUUGGAUAGCAGAUAAUAUAGAUUUAAAGACU